UGCGCACUCCGUGCUCCACUUACGUUAGAGCUCCUCGUCGCCUCUGUACUGCUCCGGAUUUGCAUAAACUUCAUUUCGAUGCUGCCCUCGCUACCUGCUUUGUUGAUAGAAAAGAUUGUACAGUGCCCGUAGGCACUGCACUGGCCACAUAGUCAGUGCUUACUGUGGCCGCUGACGUGGGUGUGUUAAACAGGGACGGAAUUCCUGUUUCAACGAUAAGUCUUUUGUAUUGGUGGAUCCUGUGUGCUCCAAGCCACUGUGCUGUAAUUUUCAUUGAUUGCUGCGGAAGGACAGUGUGAAUGUUUCGGAUGUGAAUUGCGCUCGGCUUCACUUUUUCAUCGGACAAGGGGUGAAAGGAAAACUGGCAAUCUUUAAGCUCAUGACAUCCAGUCCUGUCAGAACAAGCACACUGCCGACCCUAGUGUACGUGCAGUGACUUGUGCAAGGAUACAUGUAACAGUGCUUGCCGUAAACUUCAUGGAAUCGGCCGGCUUCGACGAGUCUUUCAUGACGCCAUACCUCGAUACAGGCUCGGUGAAUGCCGAAGAAUACGAGGCCCUAUACCUACAGUCAGUAUACCGCUUGGACACCCUGGACCGUGCCUGCAACGAAAUGCGCUUUCUGCUUCGUGACAUGGAAAUGACAGAGCAACGACUACGCGAGCUGUACCACAAGCAUUCCAACCUCACCAAGCAGAUAAACAGUGCCCAGAUUGAUCUCGAUAAAGUCGACGAGAGGCAGCGAAAGUGCAACGUAGUUGUGUUCGGUCUUCCGGAGUCCGAACAGGAUCCACAGUGGUGUGGUGAGCUUGUGCUUAAGCUCGUCAACAACCUCCUAAACUUCCCUCUUACUUUGGAUCAGAUCGUGAGCGCGUAUAGACUAAAAUCUGCUUCGAACCCCAGGCCUAUUUUGGUAAAGCUCAGUGGAGAGCCGAAGAAGUGGGAAGUGCUCAAUGCCAGUGGCAAGCUUAAGGGAACGGGCAUCGGGAUACGCGAGGACUUUUCCUAUACUGUACGUCAGCAACGCCGACUGCUCGUCAAGAAAAUGCACGAGGAGCGGCGCGCCGGCCGCAGGGCAUGCCUGGAUAGUGACACUCUGAAAGUAGAGGGCCGCGUGUAUGUGUGCGACAAGUACUGCGAGAACGUGGUUGAGGUGUCUGAUAAUGGCGUGCGAGUUGAGGGCGUUUGCGGGACCAAGGGAGGCUUAGCUUCUGCGCUGAAGCUAGACGCUCAGUGCCUUAGUAGCAGCUGGCUGGAGAAACACUCUGAGAUCAUAUCGGAGAAGAUAAAGAUUCUAAGUGGUAACUGUAGUUGAGCUCAAAGUGCUGAUUUUUCACCCUUGAAGGAUAUUUGUGGUAGUUUAUUGAUGAUAGUUACUGAUGAUCAUGUCACCGGUAGUGACUGCUGUAGUUAAACAUAAUCUCCACAAGAGUAUUCGAGGUCAUUUGGUUAUUGAAAAUUUUCGAGCUGCUUUUUCGCACAUCCUUGUCUUGUUCCAAAUUCGACAUAUUGACAUAAUAAACUUGAAAGAACGUAAGAAUGAGUUUGUUGGUGGUGAUACA